CUUGAGCCCAAUGAUCUGCCGAUUUCGAGCUUCAUCGACGAUACCUCCUAUCCUUCCCGAGUCACCAAAGCCUCCAACGACCUCAAGUUGCGAUGUACCGAGUUCGAUGAGAACGGGAACGUCACGCUCGUCAACGGGGAAUAUAAAAAAACAGAGCUGAUCGCCAAGUAUUCCCUCCUACCGCGAGACUUGCGGAAGAUUGACUCCUCAAUGCUACCGCACAUCCUCAUCCGACCGAGCGCGAUUCUUCUAAAUCUUCUCCACCUGCGAGUCUUGAUCAAGCACAACCGGGUGCUCAUCUUCGAUGCGUACGGGAGCACGGACUCCUACACACAAUCCGUGUUCAUGUACGAUCUGGAGGGAAAGUUGCGCGCCGCAUCCGCGGACGCGAAACAGGCCGGUAGCCUACCAUACGAGUUUCGAGCCUUGGAGGCGGUGUUAAUCAGCGUCACCGGCGGUCUGGAGAGCGAGUUCGAAGGAGUCCGUGAGCCGGUUGUGAGGGUAUUGCGCGAGCUGGAAGAGGACAUCGAUCGCGACAAGCUUCGGUACCUCCUGAUAUAUUCCAAAAAGCUUGGGACCUUUGAACAGAGGGCUCGACUGGUGCGCGACGCUCUCGACGAACUGUUGGAUGCGGAUGAUGACCUUGCUGCCAUGUAUCUGACCGCCAAAGCUCAAGGGGAACUCCGAAAUGAAAACGACCAUACAGAGGUGGAGAUGUUGCUGGAGUCGUAUCACAAAGUCACGGACGAGAUUGUACAGGCGGCGGAGAAUCUCGUCUCCAAUAUCCGAAACACCGAGGAGAUUGUCAAAGCCAUCCUGGAUGCUAAUCGCAACUCUCUCAUGGUUCUAGACAUCAAGUUCACCAUCUGUACAUUAGGCAUUGCUGCCGGCACCUUUGUCGCCGCACUCUACGGCAUGAACUUGACCAACUUCCUCGAGGAAUCGGUCCUCGGGUUCGGCGGCGUAUCCGUCGUAUGCGGCCUCUUCACAGCCUUCGCCGUUAUGUGGGGCCUUAAGGUCCUGCGCCGCGUGCAACGACUCCGGAUGUCCGGAAGCCCUGGAAUG